AUGCAUAGAAAGACUUCGAUAAGUUCGAUAACUUUGUCUGAUCCAAUGUCCAAACCGGCAAGACUUCAAGUUGAUAUAAACUCGGUAUCAGAUAACGAGAAGCCGCAGCAAGUUGGCGGUCAGGUGUUUAAUAUCUGGUAUCUCAAGUGGUCAGGAGGUGAUUCAUCAGUAACGAAUUCCUUUACCAAAUCGAAAUUUAGAGUUGAUAUAUCCCAGGACCAAGGGUAUACUAAGGCAAGAGAAGAUUCACCCAUAUGUUUAUUUUUUAGUCGAGGAUGUUGUUAUCGAGGGUCAAACUGUAAAUAUUUCCACUGCUUACCUUCGCUAGUUCAGUAUAACAACUCCAUGAAGGAUUGUUUUGGAAGAGACAAGACAGCAGAGUAUAGCGAUGGUAUGGACGGCGUAGGGUCCUAUAAAAGAACAAACCGAACGCUAUAUAUUGGCGGUUUGCAAAUGAAGCCUAAUUUAGACAAAUUGAUAACCAAAAGUUUUCAAGAGUUUGGCACCGUGGAGAAUGUCAAGGUCAUAUAUGCCAAAAAUUGUGCAUUUGUCACUAUGAAACUUGAAAGUGAGGCUCAGUUUGCAAAAGAAGCAAUGGAUAGACAAUCGUUACAAGCGAAUGAUUCCAAUAGUAGAGAAGUGCUACAUAUACGAUGGGCUUUCCAAAAUCAAAAGUUUCAAAAUUACCAAGAAAAGCGAGGAAUGGAAGAAACGGCAAGGGAGACGACAGGUAGAAGCAUAAUGAAUCAUAAUUCUACAAAACGAAUAAGAACAAGUAAUGAUCUGGGUGACAAAUCUGCAUCGUUUUCUGGUGGUGCUGAAAUUGAAGACUUGGAGGAGGAGGAGGAGGAGGAGGAGGAAGAGGAGGAAGAUGACGAUGACAAUGAUAAUGACGAUGGAGAAGUGGUUAUGGUAGAACAAAAAACUUCAAAUGGUGAAAAUGAGACAGCUUUAAAGUUUAUAAGAAACAGAAGCGACGACGGCAUUCCCUUCACCAAUGGUAGCAAUAAUAACCACAACUAUCACUAUUCUAACAAUAACAGACAUUUGCAGAAUGGAAACACUAACGAAAUUGACGACUCUACCAAAAACAAACAUCAUAUACGGACCGGGUAUAAAAACGUUAGGGGAAUACUUCAAGAGUCAACUUUAAAGGAUAUUGAUCGGAUAAAAAAGAAGCUAGUAUUCAAAAGAAGCGAACCUUUUUUAAUUAGUGUAUUGGGUAACUAUUCAAGUGAUGAAGAUGAUGAUUGA